UCACCCCAGGAGCUGCACCACUGGGUUGGUGCCCACCCCUUGUCCUGGAGGCAAAGGUCUCUGUCAGUGUCAAGGUGCGAGCGCCGAGCAGCCCCGCCAGCAGCAUCCCCAGUGACGGGGCCACAGGCUUGCUGGCAGGAUGGGAUGGCGAUCGCUGGUGGUGCUUCCCUUUCUCCUGUCAGCAGUUUCAGGCAACACAGUCCCCUUCUUCAACAUGACGAUCGUCCAUGUGCCCGAGGACCUGGAGCUGGGCCAGGAGGCUUUCCAGCUGACAGCGACUGACAUAGACGGGGACCCGCUCACCUACAGCAUCAGCGGGGAGGAUGCCUUCUACUUCUCCGUCAAUGCCCAGACAGGCAUUGCAACACUGAAGAACUCCCUGGAUCGUGAGGUCAAGGCCAAGCUCACCAUCACCGUCGAAGUGUCUGAUGGGAUAAACAAUGCAGUCUCCAGAAAACUCACCGUCAUCGUUGAUGACCGUAACGACAAUGCUCCAGUGUUCCAGAACCUGCCAUAUGAAGCCUCCAUCCCCGAGAACACGACAUUGGACAGCAUCAUCUACACUGUGUUUGCCAAUGACAGUGACACUGGAAAUGCCUCCAAAGUCAGCUACAGCAUUGAGGAGGUGAUCCCAGACAACGCAAGCAAUUACUGGCUCUUCUACAUCCGGCCCAAUGGGAAUGUGGUGCUCAAUGGCUCACUGGACUAUGCCAGGAACACCUUCUACCAGAUCAAGAUCCUCGCCAAGGAUGGCGGGGGGUUGCUGCACAACGUGAUGGUCUUCCAGAACAGCUCAGCCUACCUGUCCCUGACCAUCAUUGACGUGCCCAACCUGGACCCACGGUUCCUCAAUGAGCCCUAUUUUGGCUCCGUGCCUGAGAACUGUGACCUGGGCACCAGUGUGCUGACCGUCACUGCCAUGGACAGAGACACGGGGGUGAAUGAUGAAAUCUUCUACAGCAUCACCAAUACCAGCAUCCCCUUUGCUAUCAAUGCCACGAUGGGCACCAUCACUGUGAGUGCGCCCCUGGACCGUGAGCAGCUACCAAGUGAGGAAGUGCUGCUGGAAGUCAGGGCACGUGAGAAGAACCUGGACAUCUACGGCAAGGUGGCCCAGGCCAGCACCCUGGUGACAGUCACGGUGAUCGAUGUCAAUGACAACAAGCCCCAGUUCUACAACUGCUCCCUCCUGAGCUGCAACUUCUCCACUGAUGCCCAGAGCAACUUCACGGGCACCAUCAUAGAGCACUCCUCCUCCAGGCUGCCCGUGUCCAACCUCAGCAUCGUCGCCCAUGACCCAGACAAGGGCAUCAACAGCAAUUACAAGCUGUACCUGCGAGGUCCAAAUGCCAGUGCCUUCUCCGUCUCCCCCACCAAUAUCAUGGGCACAGGGGAGGUCCAGAUCCUGGUGCAAGACCCGGCCGCUGUGGACUAUGAGAUAAGCCAUGUCAUGGUGGUGCAGAUUGUUGCUAAUGACACGGGGAACCCCACAAACUGCUGCUCCACAGCCACCGUGACCAUCGAACUCAUUGACAGCAACGAUCACAUCCCUGAGUUCCCCCAGAGCAUCUACACCCUGAGCGUGAUGGAGAACAGCCCUGACGGCACCAUCAUCUCCCCAAACAUCACGGCCUACGAUCCAGACAGCGGUGUCCUGGGCCAGAUCACCUACCAGCUGCUCCCAGAGAGCAUCCGUAACACCUUCAUGGUUAAUGCCACGACCGGGGCAGUGCUGGUGCGGAACGGGAGCUUGCUGGACCGGGAGACUCGCUCCAUCUACUAUGCAAACCUCCAGGCCAAGGAUGGGGGCAACCUGGUGGGCACCACGGUGCUGGAGAUCACCGUGCUGGACGACAACGACAACCCACCCAUAGUCAUUGGCUCCUACUUCAUCUCCGUGGAAGAGGGGCUGAACAUCAGCACACAGAUCCAGGCCAUUGACAACGACGAGCCUGGCAACCCCAACAGUGAAGUGGGCUUCAAGAUCCUGCCAGGACCAUUCAGUGACAACUUCACCAUAGAUGCAGCCACAGGUGAGAUGCACAGCAAGGAGCCGCUGGACCGUGAGGCCUUGGAAGAUGAGCGGGGGCAGAUGGUGGUGACGGUGGAGGUGUAUGACCAUGGCACACCACAGCUCAGCACCUUGGUGAACGUCACCAUCACUGUGGGGGAUGUGAAUGACAAUGCUCCCGUGUUCCUCAACCAGUCCUACGAGUUCUCAGUGUUCGAAGACUCCCCAGGGGCCCUAGUGGGUGAGGUGGAGGCCACAGAUGCUGACCGGACAGAGAUCAAUUCCCGCAUCUCCUUCCUGCUUGAGAGGAGCAGCGGCUCUAGCAACUUCUUGAUCCGCUCGUCCCGCCUGAAAGCAGGGCACUAUGUUGGGCAGCUGACUGUAGACCCCGACAUGGCCCUGGACUAUGACACCCUGCAGGAGAAGUUCUUCUCCUUGGUGGUGGUGGCGGAGAACACGGCCGCGUACGACGUGGGGGCCAAUGCCAGCGUCCCAGUGGUGGUCCACAUCCUGGAUGUCAAUGACGAGCCCCCCAGCAUCCAGCCGGUCCCGCAGGACGUUCACGUGAGCGAGAACGGCACGCAGGAGGGGCUGGUGGUCACACUGGUCGCCUCUGACCCAGACACCAAUCACUCGCUGGUCUUCGAGGAGCUGGCAGUCACCUGCUUCAAGGAUGGGAGCAGCGCCGGGGAUGUGUGCUGGGACUGGUUCCUGCUGGCACCCAACGGCUCCGUGCUGGUGAACAGCUCUGACAUCGACUACGAGCUGUGUGACACGGUGGUGCUCAUGCUCCGCGCUGAAGACCUCUACACUGAGAAGGGCAACCGCUACAGCCAGAACGAAACCCUGAGAAUCCUCAUCACUGAUGUGAAUGACAACGCACCGGUCUUCCUGCCUGUCACAGAGACCUUUGUGGUUGUCCCUGAAACCUCCCCAGUGGACCUGCAAGUGGCUGCUGUGAAGGCCACAGAUGCUGACUCAGGGCAGGGGGGAACCAUCAGCUUCUCCAUCAUCAGUGUGGUGCUUGUGGAGGACAACGGGGUCAGCCGGCCCUUCGAGAACCUCUUCAAGCUGGUGACAACGACUGAGAAGGACAUCUACAUCGGGAGCAUCCAGGUGGCCAGCAACCUUGAUGGCUCGCUGAAGGGGCAGUACCAGGUGACAGUGGAGGCUCAGGACAAUGAGGCACCAGUGCACAGAGUACAGACUGUGCUGACUAUCUUCACGGUGGAUCAGAGCUACCGCAUUCGCCUCCAGUUUGUGACAACGGUGGAUGAAGUCCAGAGUAACAUCCAAAGCAUCAUAGCGGCCCUGACCGCCGUGACCAAGGCAGGAGUGUACGUGGCAGGAAUCAAGAGAAUGGAGGAGACCCGUGCCUCCCAGGUGGUAGCCAAGUCAGUGAUGGAGGUGUACUUCGUCUACAGCAACGGCACUGCCCUGGAUGUCAACCAGCUGAGCAUGCUCAUACAGUCUGAUCCACUGAUCCUGGCUGAGCUGGUCAGCCUGGGCCUGGCCAUCAUCGGUCCCGGGGAGGUGGUGAAGCCCACCAGGGAGACAGAGCUGAUCGGCAUCAUUGCAGGGCUGGCAGCAUUCCUGCUCAUCUUCAUCCUCAUCAUGACCCUGGUCUUGGUUCUCACCUCUAGGAGCUACAAGAGGAAGCUGCAUGCAAUGAAGGCUCUGAAGGCAGCCACGACGUUCAGCCCUGCCAUGGUGCAGCAGGGUCCUGGCAUCCCCGGCACCAACCAGUACAAUGCAGAGGGGGCCAACCCCAUGCUGAACCUCUCGCUCGAUCCCUCACACGACUUGGGCUUCCACGAGGAUUCCAGCUCUGUGGCCAGCAUGAAUUCCCUGGAUGAAAACACAGUAAAUGCACCCGGGGAUGAGAAACUCAAGGCCAAGGAGGGCAAAGCGGAGCUCACAGACCCCUCUGACAGGGAGGCGCUGGUGGCUGCCCUGAACCUGAACCAGCCCAGCAAAACAGCGUACAUCAACACCACCUUCACCACCACAGACCUGUGAGCAGGCAUCUGGGGUGCAGCUGGGCCAGAGCAGGACUCAGGCAGCUGCGCUGGUGAUGCUGUGUUCAGAGGCUGGCAAUAAAC